AAAUGAUUCUGUCUAAACAAUGUGAUGCUAGCAAACGCGUACUAUUUUAAUAAUAUUAUUAAAUAUUAAUUGAGUUUCGAAGGAUUCGUUCAGGCAGAACAUUCUAGAAGGAAACUAUCUAUGUAUGAGGUUCGUUUAACCUCAAACCAUUGUUGUCAGAAUAGUACACUUAUUUGUAACGUAUAAGUGAACAAUAGAUUCUAUGUAAUUAUAAUAAAAUUGGAUGUGCAGAAAUGAUAAAUGUCGUUUCAAUGUUUAUAUGAUCAAACAAGUGUUUAUUAAAGCAUAUCCUGUAAACUGAGACAAUAAGUGGUUCAUUCUGCAUGAAGAUUUGUAUUCUCUUUUUAAGAAUUGCAGAUACUCUGGCGAACUUGGAACGGCAGAUCUAUGCGUUCGAGGGUAGCUACUUGGAAGACACACAAUUGUAUGGUAACAUAAUUCGCGGAUGGGACAGAUACUUAGCCAGCAACAAGAACACCAACAGUAAAGCUGACAAGAGGAAUAGGAAGUUCAAAGAAGCUGAGAGACUAUUCUCAAAAUCUUCUAUCACUUCUAUGGCUGCUGUGAGCGGACUGGUCGAGAACACGCAGGAAAAAAUUGACCGGUACAGCGAGUCGGAGUCGCAGAUUGGGAACAGCGGUAGCGAGGACAAUUGCAGCCUAGUUAACUCACACGGGGCGACGACCACCGCUAACGCCGGGACUGGGAAUAAUAACAAGGAGUCCUCCGGGAAGAACCACGCGGUGGCCACCGGCCAGUACAGUCAGAACGGUUCCCUAGGCUCGUCUGCUGAGAUGCCGGGGCAGUUCGCGAACGGUCAUGCGAGCAACGGCAGCCUCGAGCACGCCUCUUUAAAGGAGAACACCGGCAAAGAGCCGUCGAAGAGCAAAGCUGGGAACAGCGCGAAAAAGAACAGCAACAAACGUUCCAGGAACAGGUAGAACCGUAGAAACGUUGUUGCAAUACUGCAAUUUUGUAACUUGUUGCAAUAUUGCAAUUCUUACAAUCUUGGACCGAGGCGUACAAUGGAACAAUUCUCAUUUUCUCUUUAAACAUACUGUCAUUAGAUCUCAUCGUUCUUUUUUAUAAACGUGGGACGGCACCCGAUUUACUGAUAUUUGAAUCGUAACUCGGGUUUCGAAGGAUCUCAAACGUCCCGUCGGUUUUUUAUAAUAAGUAAGCAACUUGAGUCGAAGAAGGCUUGUCGUUAGCAAUAAGAGUGUUAGAAUUAGUUAGAUUAAAGGGAAACCUGACGAUGGGUGUUGCUCUGCCAUCCAGAUAUUGAAUCUCUUUCUAUCGCGACGGAAAUUGUGGAACAUGGUACGUACAAAAUUAAACGCCCAUUUAGAAGUCAGUUAGGUUUAAGAUUAAACGUGUAGAACAUGAUUUUCGUCCGUUACCAAGUUAGUAAUUAGUUCGAUCUCGUGAUUAUCUCUGUUUAAGUAUUAUCCAAGUAUUGUCGAUAUUUUAAUUGUCUUAAGUCCCAAAUUUAAUGGCGAAUAUCGCCAGAUUUAUUUUAAUCGUACGUAUGGAAAAUCUUGAAGGAAUUUACUGUGAAAUUACAUAUAGAAAUGUAAUCAUUUCGUGACAUUGUAUUAAAUAAUUCCUUCUAAGUCUUA